AUGCACCUUUCGGAAGCAGUAAUCCUGGGGACCUUCGCUCCGUUGCCCGAUAGUAGUCCGGGCGACCCAUCGCAGGAACGCAAGUCCUCGGUCGCCGGACCACUGCAGGCGCCUGUCGACAUGACGAGUCUUCUAUGUGUUAUCCGGGUUGCUGCUCGGAGAGACCGAUUCGGCGAAUAUGUUCGCCUGCGGCUGAGGUGGCAAGGCAGUAGCGUCCUCGUAACCGAUUAUCGCGAUGGAUUUAAUGCCCACUUCAACAGCAGCGCAAGCGAAGCAAGGGACCUGCAGACGUACAGUGGCCUCGCAAAGUCCGCACAAUCUCAGCUCGCCGAGCCCUCUGACGAUCAGGGUCGCAAUCACCGUCUUGCACCUCAGUUGAACGUAUUGCUUUCCCCAGGCUUCGCCGAAGGCGCGAUAUGCACGGGGCGCUCCCAGCCCGACUUGCCACCCAAAGUCCCCGAUUCCAUCGCUUAA